AUGGCGACACCCUUCUGGCCUUCCGUACGAUUUCUCUUGUUUCUGGGGUUCCUAGUUUCAUCGUCAGUAGCAAGACCACAGCCUCAAGAUCAAGAUCAAGAUCAAGAUCAAGGUCAAGGUCCAAGCUAUCUCAAGUUCGUAUUCAAUGCCACGGACUUCCCUUCUGAGGACUACUACGACUACAUAAUCGUCGGGGCCGGGACCGCAGGCUGCCCAUUAGCCGCCACUCUUUCAUCAUCCCAUCGAGUCCUCCUCCUGGAACGAGGAGGGCCUGUUUAUGGGAACCCAAACCUGAUGACUCAAGAAGGCUUCAUAACAGCCCUUAUGGAGGUAGACCCUUAUGAUUCCGCUGCCCAGGCCUUUACAUCUGAGGAGGGUGUCCCUAAUGCCCGAGGUCGCGUUCUUGGUGGGAGCAGUGCCAUAAAUGCCGGUUUUUAUAGCCGGGCUGAUGGUGAUUUCUUCAAAAACUCAGGCAUGAGAUGGGACCUCGAGGUUGUGAACCGAUCCUACAAGUGGGUGGAAAAGGAGAUUGUGUUUCAACCUGAGCUGAAAAGUUGGCAAUCUGCUGUUCGGGAUGCUUUGUUAGAGGCCGGUGUAAACCCAUACAAUGGGUUCACCUUGGACCAUGUGGUCGGGACUAAGAUUGGUGGUUCGACCUUUGAUAGCUCGGGGAGGAGGCACAGUGCCGCUGAUCUCUUGAACUAUGCGAACCCACUGAACAUACAAGUAGCCAUCCAUGCUAGUGUUGAGAGGGUCCUGUUAGCUUCGACUUCCACGGGCUCCGGCCUCAAACAGUCUGCAAUUGGAGUGAUUUAUCGCGACUCAGCUGGGCAGUACCACCAUGCAAUGGUCCGGGAAAAAGGGGAAGUCAUUCUCUCUGCAGGUGCAAUCGGGAGCCCGCAGCUCUUACUCUUGAGCGGGAUCGGGCCUCGCCCUUAUCUCUCAUAUUGGGGGAUCCCUGUGGCCCGACAUCUACGGUAUGUUGGACAGUACUUAUACGAUAAUCCGAGGAAUGGGAUCUCCCUUGUUCCCCCAAUUCCCUUGGAGCAUUCACUCAUUCAAGUAGUGGGGAUUACAGAUUCUGGAGCUUAUAUUGAGGCAGCCUCGAAUGUGAUUCCUUUUGCAUCCCCUGCUCGAAGCGUUUUCACACCAUUAGGUCCUGUUUACCUCACAGUGGCAACCCUCAUGGAGAAGAUCAUAGGCCCAUUAUCGAGUGGUUCUUUGAGGCUGGCUUCAACUGAUGUGAGGGCGAACCCAAUUGUCCGGUUCAAUUAUUUCAACAACCCCGUAGACCUGGAACGUUGUGUGAAUGGGACCCGCAGGAUUGGGAACAUGCUCAGAAGCCCGUCCAUGGAUGAGUUCAGGUAUCAGGAGUGGUUUGGGGUGAGGGAGUUCCGGUUCGUUGGGGCUGCACUGCCUGAUGAUUUAUCGAACAGGCAGGAGGUUGAGGAGUUCUGCAGGAGAACUGUGAGCACAAUAUGGCACUACCAUGGAGGAUGUGUGAUGGGCAAGGUGGUGGAUCGAGCCUUCCGGGUCAUGGGUGUGAAAGGGCUCCGGGUGGUUGAUGGAUCAACCUUUAGUGUGUCCCCUGGGACCAAUCCUCAAGCCACUCUUAUGAUGCUUGGACGAUAUAUGGGAUUGAACAUUAUUGAAGAGAGAGUGAAGAACACAUCAUGAUCUUUUUGGGUUUAUGAUAACCCAGUUCCUGUUUCUGAUUUCGGGCUUCAGCUAUCCAAGCUGCAACUCGACUACCCUGAAACAGCUGCAGUGUGCUGUUGAUUGUUUCCAUUGUGGUGUGCUGUCCUGUCAAUUGUUUUUGUUAAUGUUUGUCAAUGUAAAUGAAUGCUUAGAGAGGACUGCAAGUAGCGUUUGAAGAGCAGGAGAGUGGCAACAGAAGGAAGAUUUCUGUCCGCAGUUUUGAGAGCCGUUUGUCUGCUUAGAGUUUUAAGAAUCUUCUCAGGAAUCUCCACUGAAAGAUAAUUGCGUUGUUUAGAUAUCACCAAUGUCCUGCUGAUAGAGAAGUGCUAAGUGACCUUACAUGCCUUUUCAUUAAUGUUUCCUUCCUGAAAUUUCUGAGGUACAAAGCUCCAUUUAGGCACUGCUAUCACUUGUA